GCAUAUAUUAUCCCUUGUUGCUCGAGCCUGAGAAUCAGUGACACUCAAUAGUUUGUGAAGAAUCGACAUUAAAAAAUCGAUGGAAAAACUUUGCAACUUCAAUCACGAAUUCAUCAUUGUUCAUCUUCUACUCUUUGCUUCACUUCUAAGCUUCACAAAUCCAACACCAUCCCCGACCCAAGAUGAACAAUCCCAAAUCAUAUCAAGGUUCCAAGAAUACCUCCGAAUCAACACAUCUCAACCAUCCCCGGACUAUAAAAAAUCGACCCAAUUCAUCCUAACCUUAGCCGAAUCCCUUUCUUUAGAAACCCAAGUCAUAGAGUUCGUCCAAGGGAAGCCCCUCGUUAUCCUCAAAUGGCCAGGCUCCGACCUUUCCCUUCCUUCUAUCUUACUCAACUCCCACACCGAUGUCGUCCCUUCUGAGAGUUCGAAGUGGGAUUAUCAUCCUUUCGGUGCCCACAUCGAUGAAAAUGGUAAUAUAUUCGCUAGAGGCUCCCAGGAUAUGAAGUGCGUGGGCAUGCAGUAUAUGGAGGCUGUUCGUAGGUUGAAGGCUUCUGGGUUUCAGCCAAAACGGUCACUUUACUUGUCGUUUGUCCCUGAUGAAGAGAUUGGUGGGCAUGACGGUCUUGAGAAGUUGGCUCAAUCCGAUGUUUUCAAGAAUAUGAAUGUUGAUAUUAUUCUUGAUGAAGGGUUGGCUUCACCCAAUGAGAAUUACAGGUUAUUCUAUGGAGAGAGGACGCCAUGGUGGCUGGUGAUAAAGGCUACUGGAGCUCCUGGACAUGGGGCGAAGCUUUACGACAACAGUGCAAUGGAGAACCUUUUCAAGAGCAUUGAGAGUAUCAGGAGGUUCAGGGCUUCGCAGUUUGAUUUGGUCAAAGCUGGUUUGAAGGGUGAAGGAGAAGUCAUUUCGGUUAACAUGGCCUUUCUGAAGGCUGGCACGCCUUCUCCCACAGGUUUUGUUAUGAAUUUGCAGCCGUCUGAAGCAGAAGCUGGUUUUGAUAUUCGAAUACCACCAACAGUUAAUGCAGAAUCCUUGGAGAAACGGAUAGCUGAGGAAUGGGCACCUGCUUCUCGAAACAUGUCAUUUGAGUUUAAGCAAAAGGGUUCUACGCAAGAUUUCUGGGGAAGGCCACUCAUAACUGCCACUGACAGGUCGAAUCCAUGGUGGGCUCUGUUGGUAGAAGCUGUCAAGAAAGCUAAUGGAAAGAUUGGGAAACCAGAGAUUUUUCCCGCCGCUACAGAUUCUCGCUAUUUUCGGCAACAGGGCCUGCGAGCUAUUGGUUUUUCACCUAUGGCUAACACUCCUGUUUUGCUUCAUGACCAUAAUGAGUUUCUAAACCAAGCUGAGUACUUGAAAGGAAUCGACGUAUAUGAGUCCAUUAUUAAAGCAUAUACAUCAUAUAUCCCACCUGGAAGAGAUAGCCUUUCAAGAGACGAGUUGUAAAAGGGUUAGCACGGUUGGGUACCUUCUUCAUCGAGUGGUAACUCUUAGUUUUUCUUGCUGCCUCGAAGUAUACCGUAAAGGGAGUGGAGGUAAGGUUAUCCUAGUAAUGUAUCAAUAGCAGUGGAAGCAGUUCAUCAUGUUACUUCUGGAUGGUGGGUUAUUUGAAUGUGCCCUGAUGACAUGUGCCUCGUUUCCUUCUUUGUUGUAGCGUUUUCAUUUUUCAUAGUUCCUUGUCAAAGUUCUACUUGGUGGUUGAAUAAUGGAGUUUAAGAUGAAAUGACUCCUUUAAACAUUAUAGUGCUUUAGGUUCAAAGCCCAUCAUGUACAUUUUUCUAGAAUUCACUAAGUUCCUAGCAGUGCUUGUUAUUUAAUAAAAGAAAUAGGUUUUUGGUAA